AUGUCUCGCCGCGUGCGGCGCGAGGCUGAGUUGCUCGCCGCGCAGCGGACGCAGCAGGAGGAGUCGGAGAAGACGCGCAAUGACGUCGUGUCCGCCAUCAAGCUGGCGGAGAAGCUCGGGGCGCGAGCAGGUGAGCAAGAGGGGAAGAUCGCCGCGCAGGCCGCCGAGCUCGAGGCGCUCCGGCGCGAGAAGGUCGAGCAGGAGCGCCUCAUCCGCUCGCUCUCGCAGCCAGCGCCAAAGCCGACCUCACCCCGCCGGCCGGAGGCCUUCCCCCCGACGCCGCCGUCGGGCACGCCGCCAAAGCCGCCGCCGCACGCGGCGGCGACGCCAUCCAGCGAGAAGCGCGGGACCGUCUCGUCGAAGGUUCUCAGGUCGGUCUCGCGCCUCUUUCAGGGCGCGGGCUCCACGCCUCGCGGCUCUGCCGAGCGGCGCGCUGCAGUCGGCAACACCGGCCCCCCACGCGAGACAAAGGCGUCGCCGCCGAAGCUUGGCGGAGGGCUGCCGGCAAACGGGCGGCUCUCGUGCGCCCUCCAGGGCGACAGAUCCAGGCUGCCGAGGCCUAGUCUCGGCGGCUCCGUGCGCUGCGGAGAGGUUGCGACGGCCGGCUCGAUGGCGGCACCGCCGCCGCGGCUCCCUUGCCCUGCAGGCAACGAGAACACGCCGCCAUCGCGGGCAGAGCAGCAUGUGUGA